AUGGCAUCUUCUUCCUCCAAAUUGACUCUGAAAUUGCUUAUCGAUGCUAAGCGUGAGAAGGUCCUGUUCGCAGAAGCAUCAAAAGCGGUUAUAGACUUUCUCUUUAACUUGCUCUGCUUGCCCAUCGGUACUGUCAUAAGGAUUCUCAACAAGAGUCAAAUGGUUGGCAGCUUAGCCAAUCUCUAUGAAAGUGUUGAGAAUCUGGAUGAAACUUAUAUGCAACCAGACCAGAAUAAGGAUCUACUGUUGAAGCCAAGUGCCCCCAUGUCUUCACGAAUCUCUGGCCUUCUUCCUUCAGCUAAUGACACUUCUUCCGACAACUCCUCGAAUCUGUUCUAUGGGUGCCCAGUUCACCUUGGUUAUUACGUCGCCUUUGAUAACACCGCUCUUUGUCCUGUUCAGUCUUGCAGGAGAACUAUGGACACAGUAUUGCGUGUUGUUGGUAAAAAGGAUGCAAAUGAAAUUUCUGCCGAGAAGAGUGGUUUUGUGAAAGAGGUAGUAACUUACAUGGUGAUGGAUGAUUUAAUAAUUCAGCCCAUGUCAAGCAUAUCAAGCCUUACUCUACUUAACAAAUUCAACCUCAAAGAGGUUGGCGUCUUGCAGGAAAAGGUGGUCGAGUUGGACAUGAACCAGGCAUGUUUUGUUUUUAAAACAUGA